UUUCUGAAAAACCUUUCCUCUUAAAACCGGUGUCUCACUGAUGGUUACCAUUGAAAUUAAAAUCUCUCACUAGAUUUCCCGUGGCCGUCACACUUCCCAUUGGAUUUCUAUGAUCAGCUUGUGCAACAGAAGACAUGAGGGACAGGCUAACACACUUUCACCAGGUGCAGAGUGACUCUGAGGGUUUCAGUGCAGUGGAGCUGGAGGACCUGUCAGGGCCAGGGGCCGCAGUAUCACACUUUGACCAGGAGCUGGCUGGUGUCCUGCAGGAGGCCCAGGAGAUACAUCUGGAGAUCCAGCAGAUCCAGAAUGACAUCAGUGAGCUGAAAGAUGUGAACUACCAGGCCUUAAACAAAACCACACACACCACCGCAAACAAGCGGGACUCCAAUGCAAUCGGGGCAGAUGUUAAACGCAGGGGAGAAGCUGUGCUGCAGCGGCUGCACAUGAUGAACGCUCUCAGAGGGGAACUGGAGCAUCAGCGUGGCAGCUCUGACCCCACAGCGCGUAUCGCCCGGACACAGUACCAGUGGCUGAGCAGUGCUCUGCAGGAGGUGAUGUGCAGCUACAACAACACAGAGAUGAGCCACAGGGAGGCUUGUAAACGUCAGAUCCAGAGGCAGAUGGAGGUGGUGGGCAGGGAGGUGAGCGAGGAGGAGCUGGAGGAGAUGAUGGAGGGCGAGGAGUUGAACGUGUUCAGCGUCCAGGCCGAGGGCAAAACGGCCCGCUCUGCUUUACUGCAGAUCGAGAGUCGUCACAAGGAGCUGCUGGACUUGCAGAAGAGGAUGGAGGUCAUCCAGGAGCUGUUCCUGGAUGUGGCCCUGCUCGUAGAGGAGCAGGGGGCCGCCUUCGAAAGCAUCCAGAAAAAUGUCCAAAGUACUGGAGUGGCCAUUCAGGAUGUAGUAUUCCAGCUGGAUAGAGCCACUGCAUCUGAUAAGAGCAACCCCUUCAAGAAGCUGUUUUGUGGAUGCUUCCCAUGUUAUUUCUCAUAGGUGUGAUGAGGGGCCAAAGGGUUUAGAUAAAAGAACGACCCUUUAAAACACCGUCUGGAGCUGUCAGUGUGUAGAAUAUUGUGAGACUGUAGCUGAACUGCAGUUGUUUUCCAGAUGUUGGUUCAGACACAGUGAGCACAGUCGAUGGAUCAGUGACAGUUGAACAACCUGAACAUUGAUGAUGAUGAGGUGAAGUUAUUCCGGUUUCAAACUUCUUUCAAAUGUCAAGUGAGUUAAUGAUAAACAUAACACAACAUACAUGGCUCAGAGAGAUUUAAUAAACUAGUGAUAUGUAUUAUUCACAAACAUCAGCAAAUAACUUUGUAGUGUAUUUAAUAGUGAAUCUAAAAGAAACUGGCUUAAAAUUCUUGUAUAAUCAAAAGCCACUGGUGUAAUGUAAAUAAUUGAACCCGAGCAAAUGUACUGUGACCUCUGUACUUAGUAAUGGUAUCAAUGUAGUACUUUUACUUAUAAUGACGUAUUUUCACAGUCUGCACCAGGGGUGGAUCUAUGGGUGGGGUCCGGGGGCACUGGUCCCAGCGGAAAUCUCAUUGGUCCUUGAAGGGCCCCUGUGUCAGUAGUCCAUUUUUUUUAUAUGUAUAUACAAAUAAACUAGUCAGUUACUGAUAAUACAACAAUAAAUACAACAAUAAAUAUGA